AUGGCUCUGCUGAAGGUUCUGCUGCUGCUGGGUCUGGGUGUUUCAGUGAACUCAGAUGUUUCUCUGCAGAAGAGAAUCAUUGGAGGUCAAAACUGUCCUGACACAGAGCGUCUUUAUCAUGUUCGGCUGGAGAGCAGCAAUGGUACUCAUUUGCACCACUGUGGAGGAUCUCUGAUCCACUCUUGGUGGAUUCUCACUGCAGCUCACUGCUGGGCGUUUGAGCCAGGAUGGACUAAUGCAAUAGUGAUAAAUGUUCAUCCACGGACUGCUGGGGAGCAGAGAAGGAUGAUCCAACAAGCUCCUGUGAUUUAUACUCAAGGAGGCAGGCAGCACGACAUCAUGUUGCUGGCGCUUGAGAGAUCAAUAACAGAUUUCCCACUUGCUCCGCUACCAGACUGCAGGCAUAAAAUUAGAGUAGGCCAUGUUGUUCAGCUGGCAGGAGAGGGAGCAACAACAACCGGCCCCAAUAAUCAGCGAUUACCCCCUGGUGCUGCUAUUCCACCACAUCUUCAAUGUGUCGACAUGAGAGUUGUUCGGACUUUCCUCAACGUGCCGACACGUGGGCAUGUAUUCUAUGCUGCAGCACCGAACAAGGAUAUCUGCUAUGGUGACCCUGGUGGAGCAGCGAUGCACAACCACAUGAUUUAUGGUGUGAUUUCUCUUGGUGGAGCAAAUGCAUGUGAGAGUCCAGUUACCAUCUUGAAUGUGUGUGAAUACAAGGACUGGAUUAGAACUACACUUGGGAUCGACUAA